CGUGCCGGUUCAGCUUCUCUGGGGUUUUCCGAUAACACUGUGUGGAAAUUGUGUUGCUGGUUCCCGGUGGUUCUCCUGAUAGUUGCAGCUUGGCUCAAGAGUUAGGAAGUGCUUUGAAGUUCGAUAGUAGCAAGUAGUGCUAGCACAUGUGUGUAAUGUAAUACCCACUUUGGUACCCACCAUCAGCAGAUCGCAUCGUCAAGUGUGGGCCGUUUUUCGGCCGAGUUCUGGCACGUAGAGUAUCUUGCAAACACCACCGCAACUGUUGGUGCAGCACAUGGUGGUGCUGAAAGAAGAUUGUUUUGAAUGGUGUGUGAUAAGAAGGUUCGGUGGUAAAUUGGAAGCAAUCCAAGUCAAGGUGAAAUUUGAAGAAUUUGAAAGUGAAAUGAUGUAGAAGUGGUGCGGUGUAGAUUGGCGAAUGUUGACCAUUAAAAAGUUGUAAAACUGUCCGGAAAGUUGACAGUUUGAUCGGUUGAGGACCGGUGCGGAUUAGCUCAGUGUUUGUGUGCAGACGCGUGUAAAGUUUCCAAAGAUCAUAAAAGCGCUGGCGAUUGAAGGUGUUUAAAUCCGUAUCUUCAUCGUUGACUGGAUAUAAAUAAACCCGUAAGGUACAGUCAUCAAUUAAAGAAAGUGUCUUAGCUGCUUCAUCAUCCCUGCAUGGCGCUAGAGGCGAAAGCAAUCAAGGAGGAAAUACCCGACAAGGACACAUAUGAGACCACCACUCGCAAGGUGAAAGGUAAGGAGCAGUGUCGAACGCCAGACUCACCGGAAGGAGCCCGAGUGGUGGCACCACGGUCGCCGAUUUCGCCUCAGGUGUCACAGCAUCACAGCAGUCUGGUGCCCCAGCCGAGAUCCGGCGGUGCUGGCAGUGGCACUGGGUCAUCAUCACAAGUCGCAAGCCGCAACGGGAGUUCAUCGCCGCCGGGUGAGAUACCGGCGGCGGUGGCAGCACGGGUACUGAACGGAAGCAGUGGUAGCAUUGGGGGUGGUGGUAGUGGCGGUGGAGGAGGCGGAGGUGGAGGCAGUUUGGGAUCGAUUACGCCUCCGCCUGCCAUCACUUCCGCGUCGGCUGCGGCAGCCGCUGCAGCAGCACAGCAGGACACGGCCAAGCUGGUCAAGAUUCGACGCUUCCUUGGCGCACUGGUGCAGUUCGGGCAGGAUACUAACGUGGACAUUGGGGACCGGGUGCGCUCACUGGUGCUGUCGCUGGCGAGCGGUGGCCUAACAGUCGAGGAGUUUCAAAUCGCCGUCCAAGAGGCGACCAAUUUCCCUCUUCGGUCGAACGUUGUCCCAUUCCUGAAAUCACACGUACCAGUGCUGCAGCGGGAAAUCACCAUUCUUUCCAGAGCCAGCAAGCAGACCCCAUCGCAGUAUGUCCGUUCGAAUGAGACCAGUGUGAUGGAGUACGUCCAGAAUCUCGCCGACACAGCCGAUAUCUUCCUGUCGCACGAAGGAUUCGGUUCAUCGACGCCUAUCCCGGCACCCAGUGUCAACGGGCUGGGACUGAAGCGGCGAGCGUCCGAUAACUUAUACGAUACUCACCAAGCGGGACCGCCGGAAUGGGCCGACUACGUACUGCCACCGACCAAACGGCCCCAUCCGUCGCUGCUGCUGGCAACCGGAACGCCACAGCUCUAUCCCACACAUCCCGCACUGUUCGAGUACCAGAACGGAGGGCUUCAUCCACAUUCCGAGGGACUGCAUUCCAUUCACCGUGACGAGCGUGACCUGCGGAUACCCUCCAACGAUAGUCACCGAGCAUCGAGAAUUCCUCCGGGCGGUGGUAGUGGAGGCGGCGGCGGUGGCGGUGGUGGUAGCAGCAGUAUAAUUGGAGCUGCACCUGGCAGCACUGGCAGUGUAGCUGGCGGCAUAGGUACUGUUGGAGGUACCAGCGGAGAGGAAGAAUGGAAAAACAUCCACACUAUGCUGACGUGCAUAUCGGCAAUGGUUGAGAAAACCAAACGGGCCAUUUCGAUUCUGCAGCAAAGAGGCAUCGAAACGCACGCCGCCCGGGAUCAUCAGGACAACUCGAUAGCGGACAUCAAACGACAGACGGAGGAGAAAAUUGCCGAAUUUCGGCGAAGCGCUGAGGAGUCCGUUAAUCAGGUCAAACGACAAGCGGUGAUCGAAAUUCAGAGGGCGGUGGCCGCUGCCGAGGCGAGAACGAUCGAGAUGUUCGCCCAGGAGCGGCUGAAAAUGGAGAAGAUGUUCUCCGAUAUCCACCGGACCAGCACGGAUCCAGACUCGGAAGGACCAACCAGUGGAAGCCAGAACGUUAGUACUCUUGCGUGCUGGAAUUGUGGUCGAAAAGCUAACGAGACGUGUUCGGGAUGCAACCUAGCCCGGUAUUGUGGAUCUUUCUGUCAGCACAAAGACUGGGAUCAACAUCAUCAGGUCUGCGGAACAUCCCGAGCGGAGAACGCCUUCCAGAAGCAUGCAGCGAGCGCUCGAGCUGCUCUGUCGUCACGUUCCACAACGCCCCAACAGUCCCAGAGCAGUAACAGUACAUCAAAUGGGACGGCGGCCGUUGCAAAAUGACGGACUAAACCACUGAAACCUAAGAAGAAGUAUCUAUGCUAGUCAAAUUAAAACAAACCCAAUUCAUACGACGAUUAUGGAGGAGUUAAGAUGAGCCAACCAUUUCUUGCAUUAGAGGAAGAAGUCAGGCUAAUAUAUCUUUAAUUUCUACACCAUAAGACUAAAACAGGAAAUAGACAUAUAGCUGAUUUCGGUUCCUUGAAUAAAUACUAGCCAAAACAUGACUUUCACCUGUAUUUUAGAACUUUAGUUGACGAAUAUCCAAAUGAAAAGUGCAAUAUAUGAUAAUGAAGGUGGGUAACAUCCUCUUCAAAAUGAUCAAAACUAGUGGAGAGGAUAGGAGAAAUAAGAAAUUCGAUUGAAAAUAAAAAAAAAUACGUAGAUGUGAAGUUAAAUUACGACAAAGAAACACUCAUUUUAGAAUGUUAGCCCGUUUACUCCCAAGAGCACCGCUUCACAACCCCGUCAAUCGUUUCCUCUCGUUUUCGAGUCAAUAGGUUUAUAAUCAGGGCAACCCUAGUGUACUGAAAUCGAAGCACGUGCUUCGAAGCGUACUGCGCCGAAUCCAAGUUCAUUCUCGCUUCGGUUACGGUAUUUGUUUGAGCACGUGCUUUUCUGUUUACCAAAUAGAUAUUCACUCAACUCUUUCAACAGAAAUACACAGAUACAACAAUAGCCAUGUUCGCAGUCAAUACAUAGUAGUAGCAAACCAAACAAAAAAAAACAGUAAUUAACCUAGCAAACAGCUCCCAUUGAUUGAUUCGAUAGCACAGUGUAGAAUAAUUUCUCAAUACACCCACACACACAAAUAGUGAGGCUAGAAACCAUAGAAAUACACGCAGUGACUCCAAAGAUUGACACACGUUCUUCUAGUUUUAAACCCUGUAGACACACAAGAUUACCAUUCAUUCGAAUUUUUUCUAAGAUCACAGUGUAGAAAUAAAAACAAGCAAAAGCUAUCGGUAGCGCAGUUAAUUAUAUUACAAGAACAGAAAACCAUUGUUAAUUAUUUAUUUAUUGAAACCUAAGUUGGCAUAGUUUGUACACUAAAGCAAAUAAAAAAAAAAAGUUUGCAAAUUCUCAAUUUUCCGUAAGCGUGAUUAGAUCACCGUUGAAACUUAUCAGUCAGAAAUCCCAAGUCUAAGUAAUUCUCAAAAGCAGAAAAUAACACUAAAUGCUAAAUAUUCGACUUAUAGGACGCAUUAGCUGUGAAUCUUAUGCUGGUACAUACAUUUUUUGUUGCGAUUGUAAAACAGGAUGGGUAAGUAAAACAAAAAAUCAAACGUAGGGAUUCCAUUGUAAAUAGAUAACUCUUUGUCAAGUUGUAGCGUCUAUCCCCAAUGUUCACAAAACACACACACACACACACACACAGAGGAAUACACUCAUUCACGUUCGAUGAAAAUUAAACAAUAUCACAUGGGGGAAAACAUACACACACACACAUUAGACUUAGUGAAUUUGAACCCGACGGAAUCUGAA